UUAUUAUAAUAGUAUGUUUUAUAUUUUUAUAAUGAUAUAAUAUAUUAAUGUUGGUAAUUUAUUAUUAAACUGCCGCAAUAUCUUAUAAUCAACCAGUUACAAAUAUCCCGUAAACGCAACAAUUUUUAAACGUUGUGUCAGUCAUACAAAACGCUAAAUAACACUUGAAACCGCAACCAUCCGCAUUUGCAAACUCCCACACCCGCAACCGCAACCGCUGCGCUUGAACCAGUCGGACCCUAAAUUUGAACUAAACUUACGGUCACUACCAAUCAACCCCUAAAUUUUUAAAUAAAAUUUAGUGUUUUUUUUAUGAUGUGACUACUAUAGAUGAAAAGAAAAAUGACUAAUUGUAUAUAGAUAUUUUUUUAUAGAAGAAAGGAUGUACAUACAUAUAGUGGAGUAAGACACAUUAAAUAGUAUAGUUACUAAAUUGUAGUUUAAUAAUAGUGGAUAAUCAUUAUUUAAAGUACAUAUAAAACAGGCUUCUAAAAGCAAAGUAUGCAUGAAACCUUGGUGAAAAAAAAAAGUAAAUACAAAGAGCAAGAAAUUCAAAUCUUUUUCGUUAAGCCGUAAUAAAUCAAAACAAUUUAAGCAUUAUUAGUCUCUUAUAAAAAUACCUGAAUAUUUUUUUAAAUGAUUUCCACUUAAAUAUCUCAAUAAUUGAUUUGUUUAAAAGUAAAGAGAAGUAUUAAGCAACACAACAAACACACACACAUGAAAAAAAACAAAGAACGGUAACACAACACAACACAUACACAUGGAAAGCACAAAGACUGCUUUACAACACUACAUGUUGUGGGCAAAGCAUUAAAAUUGUGAAGAAGAUACAAUAGAAUCUGCCUCCUCCCUGAUUAAAAAUAUAAUGGAACAUAAAAUAAAACCCAGCUUAUCAAGAAUUACCACAUGACCAACAGGAUAAGACAAUGUUUUCUAAUUAAAGUGAGAAAAAAAGAAAUAGAGAAAUUUGAUUUCAGAAUUACCACAAGACCAACAGGAUAAGACAAUUUUGGGAAAGAGAUAGCCUCUACACAAGCAUCUUUUGGUUGGAGCUAUGGCCCAAUGACAAAAUCAGCACUCAACGAUUCCUCAAAUGAGAUAAGUUCUUCUGGGUCCAAAUCCUCUCAUAUCUUACUUGAAAAGAAGAAGAAAAUGCCACUUUCUUGAACAAAUCUUAUUAGUCUCCAAUUAUUAAAAAUAUUAUACCCCACUCACUAAUCAAUAAUUAUCUCAAGCUAUAUAUAAGACCACAUUAAAUUCCCCAAAACAUUAAGAAGCAAUAACCAACAAACAGAAAAAAAACUUUAAAUCAAAGCUUUUUUAAAGAGCAAGAAAAUGUCUGCAAAUAAACUACCUUCUUCAGCUCAGGAGUUCCAAGAACUAGUCCGUGGUGGUUUUGUCUCUAGAAAACUGCUUCUGCACAACCCAUUUGACCACAACCCUCAAGGAGCUUUUGCGGUCGCACCAUCUCCUCACAUAACUGAUGAGAACAACCUGAGUGGGAAUGUCUUGAUGCUUCUGUCAGUUCUAGUCUGUGGAGUCAUUUGCUGCCUCGGGUUACAUUACAUCAUUCGUUGCGCAUUCAGACGUUCUCCAAGUUUCAUGAUCUCUGAGCCCGUCUCCAGUAUUCCAACACGACGCGGUUCACCAAACAAAGGAAUCAAGAAGAAAGCUCUGAAUAUGUUCCCUGUCGUUACCUACUCACGUGAGAUGAACCUGCCAGGGCUUGGCGAAGAGUGCGUCAUCUGUCUGUCUGAUUUUGUUUGUGGUGAAAAGCUUAGGUUGCUCCCUAAGUGCAACCAUGGGUUCCAUGUUCGUUGCAUUGACAAGUGGCUUAAACAACAUUUGACUUGUCCAAAAUGCAGACACUGUCUGGUUGAGACAUGCCAAAAGAUUUUAGGUGACUCCAGUCAAGUGACGGCAACAGCACCAACAGAGAGCCUAACUGUCAGGAUAGCUCCUUUAGAGCCUGAAGGAAGAGUAAACACUUAUAGAGAAAGCACCUAAAUUCCCAGAAUAUUUUCACAAGUUAGAUAGAAGGUUAUAGAUCUGUCAAAUUCAUAGAAGAGUUCCGAAAGAAAAAGUAGGAUACUUCAUUUUUAUGUCUUUCCUUUUUAGCAUGUAGCACAAAGUAUACAGAGAGAAUAUAUUUCACUUUUAAGCAGCA